ACGAAAAACAAACGUUUUUUAAGGUUAACUAAGUAAAGAACGCCGAUUAAAAAAUUUUUAUAACAAUAUUUGUUAUAUUAUUAUUAAGAGGUAUAUUAACGUCAAGGCUGUAAGAAACUUUUCACUGAUUAAAGAAUGGAUGCUGAUUUAUAUGACGAAUUUGGUAAUUACAUAGGUCCAGAAUUGGAUAGUGAUGAUGAAGAGGAAGAAGAACAAGAAUUACUCGAUGGAGAUGAUCAGCAAGAAUACGAUGAGGAACAAAUGGAAGAUGAACCACAACCAAUGGCUAUCGUUUUACACGAAGAUAAACAAUAUUAUCCAUCAGCACUUCAAGUUUACGGACCUGACGUUGAAACUAUUGUCCAAGAAGAAGAUGCUCAACCAUUAGAUGUACCAUUAGUGGAACCUGUUAAGAAGAAAAAAUUUCAGUUGAAAGAGCAAGAGUUACCUGAAACUGUUUAUAGCAUGGAAUUUCUUGCUGAUAUGAUGGAUAAUACAUCUCUUAUAAGAAAUGUUGCUCUAAUUGGUCAUUUGCAUCAUGGAAAAACCACUUUUGUAGAUUGUCUCAUCAAACAAACACAUCCAGGUUAUCAGGAUAAUGAAGAAAAAAAUUUACGUUAUACGGAUAUUCUUUUUACUGAACAAGAAAGGGGAUGUUCCAUCAAAUCCAUUCCAGUAACAUUACUCCUUCAAGAUAUAAAAGAUAAGAGUUAUCUUAUGAAUAUAUUCGAUACUCCAGGUCAUGUUAAUUUUUCUGAUGAGGUAACGGCUGCUAUGAGAUUGUGUGAUGGUAUUGUAUUAUUUGUUGAUGCUGCUGAAGGAGUUAUGUUAAAUACCGAACGUCUUCUAAAACAUGCAGUACAAGAGCAAAUGCAAAUUACAAUUUGCAUUAAUAAAAUUGAUAGACUUAUUUUGGAGCUAAAGUUACCUCCCCAAGAUGCUUAUUAUAAAUUAAGGCACAUAGUCGAAGAAAUCAAUGGUUUAUUAACGUUAUAUUCUGAUGAUGCCAAUCCUCAUAUUGUAUCGCCAGUAUUGGGAAAUGUAUGUUUCGCUAGUUCACAAUACGGAAUAUGUUUUACUUUGAAAUCAUUCGCUAAUGUUUAUAGUUUAUACUAUGGGGAAGUUAAUAUUGAAGAAUUUUCCAAGAGGUUAUGGGGAGAUAUAUAUUUUAAUAAUAAAUCGAGAAAAUUUACAAAAAAAGCUCCACAUAAUUCAGCCCAAAGAAGUUUCGUAGAAUUCAUUUUAGAACCACUCUAUAAAAUAUUCGCCCAAGUUGUUGGUGACGUUGAUUCUUCAUUACUCGAUGUACUGGACGAGUUAGGAAUAAAACUAAAUAAGAACGAGAUGAAAUUAAAUAUAAGACCGCUUUUGAGACUCGUUUGUCAAAAAUUUUUAGGAGAUUUUAACGGUUUCGUGAAUAUGUGUGUGGAGCACAUCAAUUCUCCUUUGAAUAACGCGAAAUUAAAAAUCAAUCACAUUUAUACAGGACCUAGUACAAGUAGAGUUUACGAAGAUAUGAUAAAUUGUGACCAAGACGGAAUACUUAUGGUACAUAGUUCUAAAAUGUACCCAACGGAAGAUUGCACGUUUUUCCAAGUUUUAGGCAGAGUUAUGAGUGGAACACUACAUGCAGGAUCAGAUGUCAGAAUAUUAGGAGAAAAUUAUACGAUUCAAGACGAAGAAGAUUCCAGGAUAUUAACAAUAGGAAGAUUAUGGAUAUACGAAUCGAGGUAUAAAAUCGAAUUGAAUAGAGUACCGGCCGGUAAUUGGGUAUUGAUCGAAGGUAUCGAUCAAUCCAUAGUAAAAACUGCGACCCUAACGGACUUAUCAGCCGGGGAGGAGUUAUAUAUAUUCAGACCUCUCAAAUUUAACACUCAGAGUAUAAUAAAAAUAGCUGUUGAACCUGUGAAUCCUUCAGAAUUACCAAAAAUGUUGGACGGUCUUAGAAAAGUUAAUAAAUCCUACCCUUUAUUAACCACAAGGGUGGAAGAAAGUGGAGAACACGUCGUUUUAGGAACAGGGGAAUUAUAUCUGGAUUGCGUAAUGCACGAUUUAAGGAAAAUGUAUUCGGAAAUAGACAUCAAAGUGGCUGAUCCGGUGGUAGCGUUUUGCGAAACGGUCGUCGAAACCUCAAGUUUGAAAUGUUUUGCAGAAACACCGAAUAAAAAGAAUAAAAUAACAAUGAUAGCGGAACCAUUGGAAAAAGGUCUAGCGGAAGAUAUAGAAACCGAAAACGUACAAAUCAGUUGGAACAAGAAGAAAUUGGGGGAAUUUUUUCAGACGAAAUACGAUUGGGAUUUACUAGCAGCUAGAAGUAUAUGGGCGUUCGGACCGGAUAAUACGGGUCCCAAUAUUCUAGUUGACGAUACCCUACCAUCGGAAGUGGACAAAGGUCUUUUGAGUUCGGUAAAAGAUUCCAUUGUACAAGGAUUCCAAUGGGGUACUAGAGAAGGACCAUUAUGUGAAGAACCUAUUAGAAAUACCAAAUUUAAAAUACUGGACGCAGUUAUAGCUAAUGAACCGUUACACAGGGGUGGUGGACAGAUUAUACCUACGGCAAGAAGGGUGGUUUAUUCUGCGUUUCUUAUGGCUACUCCUAGGUUGAUGGAACCUUAUUUGUUUGUUGAAGUACAAGCUCCAGCAGAUUGUGUUUCCGCUGUUUAUACGGUUUUGGCAAAAAGGCGUGGUCACGUAACUCAAGAUGCUCCCGUACCCGGUUCACCUCUCUAUACUAUCAAAGCUUUCAUUCCUGCCAUCGACAGUUUCGGAUUCGAAACUGAUUUGAGGACGCACACUCAAGGACAAGCUUUCUGUUUAUCAGUUUUCCAUCAUUGGCAGAUUGUUCCUGGUGAUCCAUUGGAUAAAACGAUCGUAAUUAGACCACUCGAACCCCAACCUUCAACUCACCUAGCUAGAGAAUUUAUGAUAAAAACUCGAAGACGUAAAGGUCUCAGUCAAGAUGUCUCUAUCAAUAAGUUCUUCGAUGAUCCUAUGUUGUUGGAAUUAGCAAGACAAGACGUCAUGUUGAAUUAUCCACUUUUGUGAAAAUUUGAAAUGUAAUUAAAUUUUUUUAUGAC